CUCUCCCAAAGGCUUCUAUUGAUCCAAAAAUCUUCUCUUUGAUCCUUCCGUAGAUUUUGUUUCUCAAGAAUUAUUAAAAAAAAAAAAAAAACUCAUAUAUCGAUCCGAAGAUCCAUUUCGAGAAAUUGGUGGGCUUUUGUUGGUUUCUAUUAAUCUUCGUUUCCGAUUUAGAUCGUUUCUGGAAUAUUUUUUUUUUUUUCAGUUGAGACUCAUCAUGAGUUUACUAUAGAUAGAGGUUCGUCCUUGUUUGUUUGUUUCUUUCUGUCUGCUUUUUAGGGUUUGAUUUUAGUUUUUUUUUUUUUUUGGUUUGUUGGGUUUUUGGAUCUUCCGAAAUCGAUUUUUGUUCCAUGGAAGGGUGUCUCUUGUUGAUACACCCGUACGAGUAGUAGAAGAAGAAAGAUCUAUGAUUUAGAGAGAGAGAGAGAGAGAGCUAUUUUAGGGUUUUUGAUUUAGAGAAUUUUCAAAAGAUAGGAAAUGUCAGUUGCUGAUGUUGCUUUGAGUCCGAUUCAUAGAGGAGGAGGAGGAUCGGGUUUUGCUUUUGCUCACCAACAACAUUCAAAGCAGCACUACUACUCUGUCAACUCUGUUUUGGUCUUCCUUAGCAUCUCUGGUUCUACUACGAUGCCUAUGCUCAUCUUGGAGUCUGAUUCCAUCGCCGAGGUCAAACUUAGGAUCCAGACUUGUAAUGGUUUUAGGGUUAAAAGACAGAAACUUGUUUUCAGUGGUCGAGAGCUCGCUAGGAACGCCUCACGCGUCAAGGACUACGGUGUCACUGGUGGUAGUGUCUUGCAUUUGGUCCUUAAGCUCUAUGACCCUUUGCUUGUCACUGUCAUCUCCACUUGCGGCAAGUUCUUUCAGUUUCAUGUCGAUCGUCGUAGGAAUGUUGGUUAUUUGAAGAAACGGAUCUCUAAAGAGGGCAAAGGGUUUCCUGACGUUGAUGAUCAGGAGAUCUUGUUUCAAGGGGAGAAGCUUGAUGACAGCAGAAUCAUUGGUGGGAUUUGCAAAGAUGGCAGCAACUCUGUCAUCCAUUUGCUUGUUAAGAAAUCCCUGAAAGAAGCUUUUUAUCUUCCCGCUCCUGUGAUAAGAGAAGAAGAUGCUUCUUCUGGUAAAAAACACGUCUUUUUAGAGCCUGUUGUUCUUAACCCUGAUGUGGAAUUACCUAAGGUCCUCGAGGAGAUGAUUGACCGCACGGUUGAUGGGUUGAACAAAGGUAAUCCACCUGUGAGAUCAGCUGAAGGAACGGGAGGGACCUAUCUGAUGCAGGAUUCUUCAGGUCUCAACUAUGUAUCUGUCUUCAAGCCCAUGGAUGAGGAGCCAAUGGCUGUUAACAAUCCUCAGCAGCUUCCCGUGUCAUCAGAUGGUCAGGGAUUGAAGAGAGGAACUAGGGUAGGAGAAGGGGCAACUAGAGAAGUUGCAGCUUACUUAUUAGAUCAUCCAAAAAGCGGCCCGAGAUCUGUGUCUAGACAAGUUAUGGGUUUUGCUGGUGUGCCGCCAACUGCAAUGGUCAGAAGCUCUCACAGAGUGUAUAAUUAUCCAAAGGGAUUUGACGGUUCUGUUUCAAAUGAUGCCAAAGUUGGUUCUUUGCAAAUGUUCAUGAAGAACAAUGGAAGCUGCGAAGACAUUGGCCCUGGAGCUUUUCCUGUUGAAGAAGUGCAUAAAAUCUGUGCCUUUGACAUAAGAAUGGCAAAUGCAGAUCGACAUGCUGGAAACAUAUUGACCGGGAAAACUGAAGAAGGAAAAACUGUUCUAAUUCCCAUCGAUCAUGGCUAUUGUUUGCCCGAGAAUUUUGAAGAUUGCACAUUUGAGUGGCUUUACUGGCCGCAAGCCAAACUCCCGUUUUCUGCAGACACUCUUGACUACAUUAAGUCUCUAGAUUCCGAACAAGACAUCGCGCUUCUGCAACACCAUGGCUGGAAUGUACCUGAAGCUGUCUCACGCACACUACAUAUCUCCACGAUGCUGCUGAAGGAAGGCGCUGAGAGAAACCUAACGCCGUAUCAAAUAGGAAUCAUAAUGUGCAGAGAAACGGUGAACAAAGACUCGGCGAUUGAAGAGAUAGUGAGAGAAGCUCAUAACUCGGUGUUGCCUGCGUCGAGUGAGGCUACGUUUCUUGAAGCAGUCUCUGUGGCCAUGGAUCGUCGCUUGGACGAGCUAACUAAGUAACCCUUUUAAAAGUACAUAAUCAAGUUGGUUUUAAUGGUAUGUAUGUAUGUAUGUAAUGUAUCUAUUAUGUUGAGAAAAACGUUGAUAGGCUCUUCUUGGAUAAUUUUUUUCUUCCAUGAAAGAAGCCCUUUGAACUCUUGUGUUUUUUUCCCUAAACCAUAAAUAAAACGUUGCUGUUUUUUGUUUGUA